AUGCACAUGAGCGCGUACAGCAGCAGCAGCACGCAGAACAGCAACCAGCGCCAGCCGCCGUACGGCGAGUACGCCGUCAGCACGAAGGUCAGAGAGGAAUUCGGAGGUUGGAAGUCAGGGGGUGGAGCUACAGUGAAGUGCAGGGGGCGGGGCCACAGUGAACUUCAGAGGUCGGAGGUCAGGGGGCGGAGCCACAGUGAACAUCAGAGAACUCAGCGGGAGGUGUCAGUGAAGCUCAGUGCCGUACAGAUGCAGCUGACGGAACCGUCUGCUCCGUCAGAUUCCUCAAACAUCAUGGUUCCUGUCUCCUCCUGCGCUACACCAAUAAACUGUACGACAGAGCGACACCAGCGAUGGACACAGGAGGAUUUAUCCUAG